AUGGCUGAACCAGCUGCUCCGGGCGUGCCAGCUGCAAUGGCCGGCAACGACGACGACUCCUCCUCGUCCUGGGAGUACGAGUACUCGACCACCGAGACCGAGACACACCUCAUCACACUGGACCUGUCCGUGCCCGAGUUUGUGCGGCAGCGCGACGACGUGAUAGUGCACAACACGCGCGGCGGGUUCCGGUCGUGGCAGAACCCGCUGAAUGUGGAGGAGGCACCGGCCCUGCGCGAGUUUGGAGGCGACGACAGCGACAAUGCUGGCGGCGGCGACGGUGCCGGCGACUCGGAUCGUAGCGACGGGGCACUGAGAAACACGUCCAGCAGGAACAAGAACAAGACGGCCAAAGCAGGCAAAAGCAGCCCUGCCACCAAGAAUCCGACGCAACCAACACAGCCGCUGGCAGCCGACGAACCCGACGACACAGACAUCCAGAUCCUCGACCUACACACGCACGAACCCAUUGUUGCCUACCGCGGGAUGAUCUUCAAAGGCACAUGGAGCGAGACCAUUGGCACGGAGAUGCUGUUUGCCAAGACGGACGAGGGACACGAGGCAGACAAUGCGCACGGCAUCCAGGUGGUGGACAACGUCCGUCUGGUGGGCGCCUCGUCCGCACGCAUCACCUGUGCACCCACCGAGAUGGUUCCCAAGGCGAAAAAGGCGGACCAUGCUGCUGCGACAGCGGACGCCUCCAGCGUGUCUACGGCCGCCCCCAAAAAGAGCCUCGGCUUCGUUAUCCCCGUCGGCAACAACGCCUCCGUGCAGCGCCAGCAGCAGGCGUCCUUCCUCGAGCAGCUCAUGGCUCUCAAGCACCGCCGCGGCGAGCAGGACGUCGUCACUGUUCAGGCCACCGAGACAAAGCAGAAUGCCGUUCGGGGCGAUGCGGCGGAGAUCAAACGGCGCGCGCGGCGGGAGACGCAGCUGCAGGUGCACCAGGAGCGGCGGGCAAAGCGGUUGCGCGGCGGGCAAGGCGGAGCCGACGGCGACACCGAGGCCGGUGCGGCGGCCGGUGCUGCCGAUGCUGGCCAUGUCGACGCCGAUGCCGACAAUGUGGCCAGCCCACAGCCACAGUCGGCCCAACGACGACGUCGCGCGGCAGCACGCCGUGGCCGCAGCCGCGUGUCUGAUUUCUCGCAGAUUGCGCGGGUGGCGGGCGACGACGACCUGCUGGCGUUGUCUCAAAACGGACACGGAAGCCAGGGCGACGCGGAGGACGACGAAGCGUCGUUGAGCGAAGACGACGACGACGGCGAGUGA